AUGAAAUUUGAAGAUCGUCACUAUUCAUCAACUAUUGCAAAUGAAAUUGAAAAUCAAUUAAUUAACCUGAACUUAUAUGAUAAACUAGUCACCAUUACAUGUGACGGCGCACCUAAUAUGCGCGAGAUGCUCAAUUAUUUUUCUCGUCAAAGUAUAAAAUAUAUACAUUGUACUGCUCACAAGUUGCACCUAAUUAUUUGCAACAGCUUAAACCUUUGGGUUACAACAAAGAAAAAAGGAAAUACAACUGAAAAUGAAGAAAUUAUUGAUGCUGGUGUAAUUGAAGAUGAUGAAGAUGAAGCUGGAGGUAGUUUAAGUCAAAUGGUGAGAACGAUGUCCUUCGAUGCUGAUCCAUUAUCUAAUGAUAUGAACAAUGAUGACAGUGAAGGUGAUGAAACAUCAAAAGUAAGUUAUGAAUUUAUAUUCCCUUCAGUUUUAGUUUUCAAGAUCAAGUCUAAAUUUUGUAGUAAUGAUGAUGUCGAUGGUGAAUUAGAAUUGAAUGAUCAAUUAACUGAUGCAGCAACAGAUGAAGAGUGGACGGAUGAAGAAGAUGAUAAUCACGAAGAGAUAGUUGAUAAUUUUGUUGAAGGAAUUAAUAUGAACGAAACAUCACUUGAUUAUAUACCACAAAUGAUAAAAGACAUGAUUGAUAAAACACGUGAAAUAGUUAACACCAUAAAAGGAUCAUCAAUAUUAACAAGUUUUAUUGAAAAAAAAAGAUUACAUUUUAAUGCUCGUGUUAAGAAACAGAAACAAAUCAAACGACGUUUGCUCAUUGAUGUAAAAACACGAUGGAACAGCACCUAUAAGAUGCUGCAUACAAUUAGCCUCUAUCGUAAUUUUAUAAACGAUCUUUUCAAAUCAAAAGGAACUCUUGGCCUUGCAGUAAAAUUAAGAAGAAAAUUAACACGUGUUGAAUUGUCAACUGAUGAAUGGGAUAUUUUAAAUUUGAUUAUUAGCUUAUUAUAUCCUUUUUAUUCAGCCACAAAAGUUUUAAGUAAUACAAAAUAUCCAACUGUUGGAUCUGCAUUGUAUCUUAUGAAAGGUCUUGAAGAACAUCUUACAAAAGAAGAUAAUAAUGAAUUGUUAAAUAAUUUUAAAAAAAUUAUAUUGAAUAAAUUUCGACAGUAUAUUAUUGAUGAUGUAGAACAAUUCAAUACUUUAAAAUUGUACUCAUAUUUUGAUCCAACAGGUUUUUCGGCUCUGACAAGAGGCGAACAAACAACAGUAGAAAGAGAAAUAACAAAACUACACAAAAAUGUGUUCUCAUCAUCAGAAAAUUCUUCGUCAUCAUCAAAUCAACAAAUGAAAAAAAAUGAAUAA